AUGCCGGCUGGACAUCCAAACUUGUCCUCUGAGAACCCCAUACAUAUCUACAUCGACCACUCCAACCUCACCAUUGGAGGCCAGAGAGCCUACAGGUCUAGCGGCAUGGAGAAUGGGGGCCCAUGGAACUACGAAGUUUUGGCGCUUCGUCGCAUCAUCAUGCAGAAGCUCGAUUUUAUCGAGACUCCAAACCCCAACUCAGUACGUCUCAACAUCUACGGCGCAGAUCUUCCUGACAACGAACAGAUCGACCCCCUGUGCCAACACGGUGAGGUCGGAAGCAUUUGCGAAUGCCCACGGAAUGGCAGCGGCAAAGAGAAACAAGCUGACACUCAACUCACUGCCGACAUGGUCACUGAAGUCAUCUACACUCAUUUCUUCUUGAGGGACAACUACAGCCAAACGUUUCUACAAAACAACCACGAUCAAAGUUUUCCGGAUCAGUGUGUCUUUGUCGUUAUUUCCGGCGGCUCUGACAUGAUCCCUGCUGUGCGGUCAGCGGUAGAACAUGGCUUCCAUGUUCAUGUUUGGGCUUGGAGCAGGUCUCUAUCCUCAUUGUUUGAGGUCGCCAAAAACCGGUUGGCUUAUCCAGGGAGAGUCAGGAUUCAUUAUCUUGAGGACCACCUGGAAGAGCUUACUCAGCAGACUCCACACAACUGA